AUGGAUUUAUACGAAUCAUAUCCAUCAUGUUCUCUGUUGAAAAAUACCAACUUUGAUAGCCUAUUAAGUGCUUUUGAAGAGUUCGAGAUUACGACUGCUGAUUUGGUUGUGAACGAUCCGAAGGUCAUUGCUCAAAGAUGCGGGAGGAGCCAAGUGGAGUUGCUUCGCUUCCUUAACAUUUUCUAUAAAGAAGCAUUAAAUGGACUGGAAUUUAUUAAUAUUGGCGAAUUACAAGAUGGUAAAUUAGAUAAAAAUACUGCUUGCCUCUCUGGCACGAGUAGCAGUCCAUUACAAGAGUCCUGUAUUUCAACUCGAAUGCUAACAACUGGUGAUUCUAAGUUCGAUAGUGAGUUGAGAGGAGGAAUUCCAGCGGGCUAUAUUACCGAAGUCUCCGGCGAAAGUGGUUCUGGUAAGUCUAAUUUCUUAACUCAGCUUUGUGUUACUGUUCAAUUGCCAAAAGCACUGGGUGGUCUGGAAAAAUCCGCAUUGUAUAUAUGUACAGAGUCGGGCUUUGAAACUAGACGCCUGAUAGACAUGAUCGAAUAUAUCAAACAAACACACUCGCUGAAUGAGUCUCAAAUAUCAAGUGACAAUGUCCAUUGCAUAAAUUGUAGAGAUCAGGAACAUCUUGAGCAAGUGCUAAAAUAUCAGCUUCCCGUAGCGAUAGAACGGUUCAAUGUGGGCAUAUUGUUAAUCGACAGUAUAGCAGCCCACCUGCGGGCUGAAUUUGACCUUCAGCAUGUUCAACAACGAAAUAAUAAACUCAUCUUAUUAUCACGCCACUUACGGAAAUUAGCAUCAUUAAACGAAUUGGCUGUGGUUAUCGCUAAUCAAGUUUCCGAUAGGUUUAUAAGAAACCUACCUGCACACUCCGAGCCUGAUGCUCUAUUUCUUGAUCACCAAAUCCGAUGGUUCUCAGGUUGGGAAGAGCCAAAUAUUGUCGUUCCUCCCAGUAGCUCGUUUCAUAGCUCACAGCAGUCCACACCAGCUACAACUGAAAGGCCUCGGACACCAUCUCUAGGAUUGGCAUGGUCAAAUUGUAUUGAUCAGAGAAUUGUCCUAAAGAGGGCGCUCUUACCAGAUGGCAGUUCUCACAGGACGUUCAAUAUUGUCUUCUCACCAUUUUCUCCACAAUCUUGUACGCCUUUCAAGAUAAUGAAAGGUGGAGUGUACUCUAUCGACACUUAG